AUGAGAAAGUAAAUGAGUAGACGUCUUCAAUCUUCUCAAGCAACGCAGAAGAACUUUCUCCGAAACGAUGCUCGUGCUCGCGGAGAGAAGAUUUGCGAGGCACCUCGAAGAAACAACGAGCGAAGUGUUUAAACAUGUUGGGUCAGUGACUCCGGCUACGCUCGUGUCGCACACGGACCCUACAGGAUGUGCUACUUGGAUCACUGGCACAUCGCAUAAUUAAUAACAAGCGGUCACCAGUGGCUCGUGCCCCUUCGAGCUCGGAAGAUCGACAUGGAUCUCUUGAAAUUUCCGACGCAACGACGCGUGAAUCGUGCGCGAAACAAACGAGACUAACAAAUCUGAAUUUCUCCUCGACACAUCGACACCGAAAAUUUCUGCGUUUCUCUCGUCAAUUUUAUUUUACACACACGAUAGUUCCAUCGCGUUUGUUAAUUUAGCCUCGAGCUUCUGAAGAAAACCGAGACUGACCGUCUGAUCGUAAAUGCAUCUCUGUUGCAGAUCAACAGCAAAUACAGCGAGGAACUGGCGCAGGAAUGUUUGGAAUGGAUCAAAACGAUCACCGGCGAGAAUAUAAACACCAACGGGGACAUGGAUAAUUUCUUUGAAACGCUGAAAGACGGAGUCCUCCUUUGCAAUCUAGUGAACGACAUUAAAGAGGGAUCGGUGAAGAAAAUUAAUAAGACUAGUUUGGCCUUCAAGUGCAUGGAGAACAUCAACGCGUUCCUCGAAGCUGCGAGAGUGCUCGGCGUCCCGGCGCAAGAGACCUUCCAGACUGUGGAUCUCUGGGAAAGACAAAAUCUCAACUCGGUCGCUGGUAAUUAUGGCAAACCAAGUAUCGGACCAAAAGAAGCGGACAAAAAUAUACGCAACUUUACGGAAGAGCAAUUAAGAGCUGGACAGGGUGUGAUCAGUCUGCAAUACGGCAGUAAUAAGGGUGCUAAUCAGAGCGGUAUUAACUUCGGCAAUACCAGACACAUGUAAAUCUGUUUCAUUUAAAUGUUGUACAACGAAAUUUCACCCGCGUCUAUUAUUUUAUUUCUAAGAUACACUAGAUUUACGGACAUUUAUUUUAUAAAGGUUAGUAGAAGAUUUGACAUGA